CUACCGUAUACUCUUCCAAUUUAAAAUAAAGAUCGAAAGAGGAGGGAAAGCGAACAGCCGCAACGUUAUAUGAUCUGGGCUUUGUUCCUUUCCAAAGAAUCAAAUAUUCAAAUCCAAAAUCUCUCAAAAGUUAGUUGCCAAGAUGAAAGAAGAAGACAUGAAAUUCUCACAACCAUGAUUUCUUACACCAUAAAAACCACAGCAAGAAGAAGAAAAUUCACUCCCUCUUUCUCCUUUGCACAGAACUUGCAUAGAUCCUUUUCCCAAACUAACCCUUCCGUUUCUUUAUAUUCCAAUCUCAUAACACACUGCCUCUCCUUAAAAUCCCUGACUUUCGCUGAAUCCAUCCAUGCCCGUUUGGUGAAGAUUGGGUUCCACCGCAACACCUUUCUGGGCAAUCGUCUUGUAGAUCUUUAUUCCCGAUUCGGUGACAUGGGCAGUUCCUCCCAAGCAUUUCAUGACAUACCCAACAAAAAUUCCUUUACUUGGAACCUUUUAGUUAUGGGAUACUUUAAAAUUGGCUGCUUGGAAAGUGCCAGCCAGUUGUUUGACGAAAUGCCUGAACGAGACAUUGUCAGCUGGAAUUCGAUGAUUUCGGGGUAUGCGUUGAAUGGGCUCAUGGAAUAUGCACUUUUGGUUUUCUUGGAGAUGCAGGAGGCUGGACUGAGACCCAAUGGAUUCACAUUCUCGAUUGUUGUCUCCUGUGUCAACUCUUCUCGUCAUGGCAAAGAAAUUCAUGGAAGCAUAAUUCGGAGUGGUCUGAACUCGACAAAUGUUGUUCUUGGUAAUUCUUUAAUUGAUAUGUAUGGGAAUCUUGGGCUUGUGGAUUAUGCUGUGUGUGCGUUCCUUUUGAUGGAGGAAUUGGAUGUUAUUUCUUGGAACUCUAUGAUUUCUGCAUGUAAGAAAUCUGGUUAUUGGGAAUGGGCUCUGGAUCAUUUUGGUUUGAUGAGGGUCACUGGAUUUCUGCCUGAUCAGUUUACUGUGUCAACAAUGGUUACUGUUUGUGCUAAUUUGCGGGAUUUGGAAAACGGUAAGAAAGUUUUUGCUCAGUGCAUCAGGAUGGGAUUUCUUUCUAAUUCGAUAGUUUCAAGUGCUGUUAUUGAUAUGUUUUCCAAAUGCGACAGAUUAGAGGAUUCAGUUCGGCUCUUUGAAGAAAUGCAUCGUUGGGAUUCAGCCCUUUGCAAUUCCAUGAUUUCAGGUUAUUCAAGACAUGGCUUUGCGGGUGAUGCUCUGUGGCUCUUCUUACUUACCUUGAGGGAGAACUUGAGGCCAACGGAGUUUACCUUCGUGAGCAUUCUGAGCUCUGCUUCGUGUCUUGUUCCAGCAGAGCAAGGUACUCAAAUCCAUUCUUUAGUCAUUAAAUCUGGUUCAGACUCGGACGUGAUUGUUGGUAGUUCGCUUGUGGACAUGUAUUCGAAAUCCGGUCUUGUUGAUGCUGCCAUGAAAAUCUUCUCUAAAAUGGUUAUAAGAGACUUGGUCUCUUGGAACACCAUGAUCAUGGGCUUUGCUCGCAAUGGUCGAGGGGUUGAAGCUCUACAAAUCUUUGGAGAACUGUGCAAGUGGGGCCCACCGCCAGAUCGGAUAACCCUAGCGGGUGUUCUAUUAGCAUGUAGUUAUGGAGGCUUGGUUGAUGAAGGGUUGAGUAUAUUUUCAUUGAUGCAGGAGAAAUAUGGAGUUAUGCAUGGAGUAGAGCAUUAUACUUGCAUGGUGGACAUGUUGGGGCGAGCAGGGAAGCUUAUGGAGGCAAUGGAGACAAUAGAAACCAUGCCCCAUGUGCCUACUGCUUCGAUCUGGGGGGUGCUUCUUGGAGCUUGUAUGAUUCAUGGGGAUGUGGAGCUUGCAGAAAGAGUUGCCGAGAGGGUGAUGGAGUUGGAACCACACACCUCUCUUCCUUACUUGGUGUUGGGUCGAAUGCAUGCGUCAAGGGGUAGGUGGGAGAGCAUGGCUCGAGUAACAAAGGCCAUGAAAGAGAGAGGUGUGAAGAAGGCAACUGGAUGCAGUUGGAUUGGGAUCAAGAAUAAUAUCUUUGUUUUUAGGGCUAAUGAAAUACUGCAUUGUGGAGGGGAAGCUAUGUACUCAAUGUUGAGGCUUCUGGCCUGGGAGAUGCUUGAUGAGGGAUACAAAUCUCAACAAUAUGCAUUGGUUGGGGAUGGAGGGGAGGAGUGAAGUAGAAAAGAAUAUGAACUUCAAAAAAAUUUCAGGGGGCAUGUGCAUGGAGAUCCUUACAGUCCACAGCAUUGUUCUAUCUUGGCUGCUACUGGUUUGUGGCAGCCAUUAGUAUCAAAGAGGAGGAAAUUGGAAGAGAGCUGGAAAAGUUAAUUCUUUUUGCAAGCCAAUUCAAGAUUUGGAAAAUUUGGGUCAUUUGCCUAACCUAUAUUAGGUUUCUUGGACAUUUCAAGAAAAGCUUGGUAACAUGGUGGGGAGUUAGGGUCAGGACUAAUGUAAGAAAGGAGGAUAUUGCACACGAGCUUGCCUUAUCCCUUUGUUGGGAGAUUUGCAAAGCAAAGACUAGCCAUACCUUUACAACUUGGCUGCACCAUCACAGAAUUCAGAGCAGCAUCAUUUUAAGGGAAUGAAAACAUUCUAAAACUCCUGUUGUAGGAUGAGUGUGCAACACCCGAGCUCCAUGGGCCCACUGUGAUGUGUGUGGCAUCCACUCCUUCCAUCAGUUGCUACACCACAUGUUAUGACCUGAGCCGAAAAAUCUGGCCCAUUGAAAACUCAGGUAGGCCACACCACAUGAACAGUGGGGCUUGAGAUGCCCACCAUGGGAAGCUUACUGCAGUCACCAUGUUGUUUAUAUUCCAUCCAAGCAAUCAAGUGAGCCCCACCAAUAUGAAGAGAAUUCUCAACAAUCGGCUUUAUCUGAGACUUAGGCAGGCUACACCAGUGAACAUGAGGUGCCACAACUGAUAGAAUGAAUGGAUGUCACACGCAUAUUAUGGUGGGCUCCACAGGGCUCUGGUGUUGCAUGUGCAUCCUACAACAGGUGCUGUAGAGGAUUGUGGCUCAAUUUCAGGGGUUCUCCAUUACAAACUUCAAUUAUGAUCAGUGUUGGUGACCAAUAGUGAAACGAUGCAUGACAAAGUAAGAGUGGGGUAGAAGUACUUGUUAACCAUUUUUGGAGAUUAAAUUUCUAUGCAUCUUCACAAGACCAUCUGGGUUCUUGUGUUCUUGGCCUCAUUUUACAAGAAAGCAAGGGGGGAAUUCAUACAACUUCCUCCGGUCCUUCCAGUUGGAGAGAUCUUGUAGUCACAGAAUACAGAGCUCAUAGGAAAGUUUUGGGAUUUUAUUUUAUAGAGUCCUAAGGGCAGUUGAUUGUUGAAGGAGAGUCAAACAACAACAUUUUUGGGGUCUACCAAUGAGCUAUUCGAGCUGUCCAAAUCCGCUUUCAUCUUUGAUGAAAUUUGCAAUUUUGUGUGUUGGCUAAACAUUUCAUUUCCAAGGUGAGAAGAAAGGCAAAUGAACUCUCUGGCCAAAGAGGCUCUUAACUGCACAAAUCUUUCUAUUGGAAACACAUUAGCACUCUUGAAUGGAAAUUGAAAAGAGAGGUAGCUCCAGUUCCUUCGGAAAUGGUAAGAUCUUUGGCACAAGAAAAAUUGAAUUUGAUCCUUGUCUCUUGAUAUUCUUCUUUUAGCAACUAGUCUAACAUUUGACCAAGGAAAAGAAGAAGAAGAUAAUAUUCAUGUAUAUGGGUCUUUACUUCCCAAUGCAACUUCACAACUGAGAUAACCAUUUUGUGGCAACCAUUGAUUCAUAACAUACAUAUUUUUAAAA